AUGGAGAUAGAAAAUAGCACAGUAGUGACAGAAUUCAUCCUCCUUGGUCUGACCCAGUCUCGAGAUAUUCAGCUCCUGGUCUUUGUGCUAGUUUUAAUUUUUUACCUCAUCAUCCUCCCUGGAAAUUUCCUCAUCAUCCUCACCAUCAGCUCAGACUCUGGCCUCACAGCCCCCCUCUACUUCUUUCUGGGCAACUUGGCCUUCCUGGAUGCAUCCUACUCCUUCAUUGUGGCUCCCAGGAUGCUGGUGGACUUCCUCUUUGAGAAGAAGGUGAUCUCCUACAGAGGCUGCAUCACUCAGCUCUUUUUCUUGCACUUCCUUGGAGGCGGGGAGGGGUUACUCCUUGUUGUGAUGGCCUUUGACCGCUACAUGGCCAUCUGUCGGCCUUUACACUAUUCAACCGUCAUGAACCCUAGAGCCUGUUAUGUCUUGUUGUUGGCUCUGUGGCUUGGAGGCUUUGUCCACUCCAUUAUCCAGGUAGCCAUCAUCCUCCACUUGCCCUUCUGUGGCCCAAACCAACUGGAUAAUUUCUUCUGUGAUGUGCCGCAGGUCAUCAAGCUGGCCUGCACAGACACCUUUGUGGUGGAGCUCCUGAUGGUCUUCAACAGUGGUCUCAUGACCCUCCUGUGCUUCUUGGGGCUUUUGUCCUCCUAUACAGUCAUCCUCUGCCAUAUACAUGGGUCUGCUUCUGAAGGGAAGAGCAAGGCCAUGUCCACAUGCACCACUCAUGUCAUUAUUAUACUUCUCAUGUUUGGACCUGCCAUCUUCAUCUACACUCGCCCCUUCCAGGCCUUACCAGCUGACAAGGUGAUUUCCUUUUUCCACACAGUGAUCUUUCCUUUGAUGAAUCCUGUGAUUUAUACCCUUCGCAACCAGGAAGUGAAAGCUUCCAUGAGGAGGCUAUUGAGUCGGCAUGUGGUGUGCUGA